UAGAGGACAGAAAACUUUUUAUUGGAAUGAUCUCCAAGAAGUGUAAUGAAAACGACAUACGACUGAUGUUCUCACCAUAUGGACAGAUAGAAGAAUGUCGGGUACUUCGAGGCCCCAAUGGACUCAGCCGUGGUUGUGCAUUUGUAACAUUUACAGCUCGACAAAUGGCCCAGUCUGCAAUCAAGUCAAUGCAUCAGUCACAGACUUUAGAGGGCUGUUCAUCGCCCAUUGUGGUGAAAUUUGCUGAUACUCAAAAGGACAAGGAGCAGAAACGCCUGGCUCAACAGCUGCAGCAGCAGAUGCAGCAACUUAGUGCUGCUUCAGUGUGGGGAAAUCUAUCUGGUUACCAUAUUCUUGGCCCACAGUUCCUUGCACUCUACUUGCAGUGGUUGCAGCAGUCAGCUUUUACAGGGAAUGCACUCAGCAAUUUACACCAAGUUUCAGGUCUGAAUACCAUGCAGAAUCUGGCAGCUUUAGCUGCUGCAGCAACAGCUACCCAGGGCACACCUUCAACUUCCAGCACCAUGACGACAUCCAGUAGUCCAUUAAGUAUACUAACCAGCUCAGCCAGGACGCCAUUCCGGGAGAAAAACACACAAGUUGCGGCCACUCAUAAGGCAUGGCAACAAUGAAUGGCAGCCUUACUUCUGGUGGUUUGUCUCAUGGCUCAAGUAAUACAAUGGAGGCACUGAGCCAAGCCUACUCAGGUAUUCAGCAGUAUGCAGCUGCUACCCUAC